CAGCACAUAUAAAAAUCAAACAUGGCUAGAGAAUUAUGGUUAACUCACCCAAGAACUUUUGGUCCAGGUUCACGUACCUGUCGUACCUGUGGUAACCACCAUGGUAUCAUCAGAAAGUAUGGUCUUAUGAUGUGCAGACGUUGUUUCCGUUCAAACGCUGAAGCCAUCGGUUUCAACAAAUACCGUUAAACUUCAAAUAUUUUUAAAUAAAAAGGAAACUUUAAAAAGCCACAAAAAAAAAAAAAAACAAUAUAUUAUAUAA